AUGGCCAUACCUUGCCCUUCUUCAAGAAGCCAAACGUGGACGUCGAAGAAGAAGACGUGCAUGUGUUCCCCUACGACGCACCCCGGGUCGUUCCGGUGCGCCUACCACAAACAGCAAGCGGAGAGACAGCAAACGGCGUCGUGGAGCGGAGGCAGGAAGCUUGUGAAGAGGGCCUUGACCACUCUUGUUAGGCCCUCUUCUCACCACUUGCGUCGCCGUGAGGCCUUCCAGCCCAGGCCCACUCGCCUCUCCGUUAUGUCCUCCGCCUCCGCCUCCGCCUCGGCCCAACAUCUCCACUCUUUGUAG